AUGGCCAUGGAAGUCGCCAAAUCCAAAACGGACCCUCCGAAGCGGUCAAAGGAAGAGAUUGCGGCCGCCCGCGAAGCCAGCCAGCAAUUCAACGAAGCGCAAAAGACAUAUGGACGGGGCAAACAGGUCGCUGUGAAAUCUGUCAAGGACAAGAAACUACGAAGCAACCUGAAGAAUCUCGAAGCGAAAUACAAGAACGCAAUUCUCCAGGCGAAAGAUUCGGAACUGCUGCUUGAAAAUGAAGGCGGAUAUAUUGAAGCUGAAGGGGAGCUCGAGCGAACGUAUAAAGUCCGGCAGGAUGAAAUAAAAGAGAAUGUUGGGAUCGAGGUUGCGAAGAACGGAUUUGAUUUGAAAUUGGAGGGCCUGGGGCCGUAUAAGGCGGAUUACACGCGGAAUGGAAGGAAGCUUCUGCUUGCCGGGAGAAAGGGCCAUGUCGCUACGAUGGAUUGGAGAGAAGGGAAGCUGGGAUGCGAAUUGCAGCUGGGUGAAACGGUGAGGGAUGCGAAAUGGCUGCACAAUGACCAGUUCUUUGCGGUUGCGCAGAAGAGAUAUGUUUAUAUCUACGACCAGGCUGGCGUUGAGAUCCACUGUUUGAGCAAGCAUGUCGAGCCAACGCAUCUUGAAUUCUUGCCUUACCAUUUCCUCCUGGCCAGCGCGGCAACAAGCGGGUUUUUAAAAUAUACAGAUACCUCAACUGGUCAACUAGUAGCAGAGCUACCUACUCGAAAGGGCUGUCCAACUUCACUAUGCCAAAACCCUCACAACGCCAUCCUCCACGUCGGUCACCAAAAUGGAACCGUCAGCCUAUGGUCUCCCAACUCACAAACGGCACUGGUGAAAGCCCUCGUUCAUCGUGGACCAGUCCGAUCACUCGCCGUCGACAGACAAGGGCGAUAUAUGGUGUCGACAGGCCAAGAUCAGAAAAUGGCAGUAUGGGACAUUCGCAUGUUCAAAGAAAUACAUUCAUACUCCGUGCAUCAGCCUGGCUCAACAGUAGCGAUAAGUGAUCGAGGGCUGACUGGCGUCGGUUGGGGAACACAAGUCAGUGUGUGGAAGGGGCUAUUUCAAGCGGCGCGAGAGGAUCAAGAGAAGGUUCAAAGUCCAUAUAUGGCGUGGGGUGGUGAAGGGAAGCGCAUUGAAAGCAUACGAUGGUGUCCGUACGAUGAUGUGCUUGGUAUAUCGCAUGACAAGGGAUUUUCUAGCAUGAUUGUUCCUGGCUCAGGUGAACCCAACUUCGACGCUAUGGAAGCCAACCCUUACGAGACGAGCAAACAACGACAAGAGGCCGAAGUCAAGGCUCUGUUGACGAAGCUGAAACCCGAGAUGAUUUCUCUCAAUGCCGAUUUCGUGGGUACCUUGGAUACUACGAGUGAUAAAGUCAGACGGGAGGCAAGGGACCUUGAUGCGAAGAAAGAGGAUAUUGCUGAGAAGCUGAAGAAUCGUGGACGCGGACGAAACAGUGCACUGCGGAAAUAUUUGCGCAAACGAGGCGGUAAAAAUAUCAUUGAUGAGAAUAGAUUGAAGGUCGAGGCGAUGAGGAGGGAGCAGAAUGAAAAGCUGAAGGAGAAACGCCGAAAGGAUAGGGAAGAGCUGGGGCCGGCGUUGGGGAGGUUUGUGAAGAAAUGA